AUGGGUGUAGUCUCAUCUAUCAAGAAGAAUAAGGUUGGCGCAGUAGUGGUCUCUGUUUUUGACUGGUACCCUUCGGAAUACCCAAAAGAAGAGAGGAAACUUCUCCGGAAGUUAGAUCUGGCCAUCUUGGUCUUCGGGUCACUAAGCUUCUUCUGCCGUUUCCUCGGACAGCAAAAUGUUACCAACGCAUAUGUCUCUGGAAUGAGAGAGGAUCUCGGCGCCUUUGGAAAUGAGUUAAACUACUAUGUGGUGGCUUAUAAUACGGCAUAUGUCUUGGGCCAGAUCCCACUCAUGACACUGCAGACUAAAGGAAAGCUGGCACCAUUCUUGCUCCCCUCGCUACAAAUACUCUGGGCAAUUAUCGCUUUCUGCCAGUCGGAGAUUCAACAUAGCUGGCAACUCUACAUCUUGAGGGCAUUGACUGGGUUCCUUGAGGCAAGCUCUUUUGGCGGCACUCAUCUCAUUCUCGGCUCGUGGUUUAAAAACGAAGAACUCUUCAAACGAGCGGGGGUGUGGUUCAUGGGCAACUCGUUAGGCUCCAUGUUCUCCGGAUACCUUCAGGCCGCCGCAUACCGAAACCUCAAUGGUGUGUUCGGACGUGCUGGUUGGCGCUGGCUAUUUAUCGUGCAGGGAAUAAUCACCCUCCCUUUGGCCUUUCUCGGAUUCGUCGUCUGGCCUGGCUUGCCUACCUCUGCUAGAAGGUGGUAUCUGACGGAAGAAGAACACGCUCUUGCCCUCAAGCGAAUCCCCACAGUUGAGAGUGAAGGCAUCACCUGGAAGACAUUCAAGUAUACUUUGAGUCGUCCAAUGUGGUGGAUCUGCGUCUCAUGCUACAUCUUUCUAUGUCAGGCGCAUUACUGGACUGGCUACAUGGCCCUUUGGCUACGUCACUCAGGCUACUCAAUUGAACUUGUUAACAUCCUCCCUACGUUUGUUGACCUUAUCAGAGCUAUUUCGUCAUGGCUGGGCACAACUCUGGCAGGCUGCCUAAGCCUUCGCGGUCUUUGGACGUUCCAAGCGUCCUUCGUCUUCUUUUCCUGCAUUGUUCUAUCAGUCUGGACUGUGCCUGAUGCACUCAAAUUCUUGGCCUUUUAUUUCGGUGGCUUCUCAGGGAUGGCGUCCCCAAUUCUCUACUCGUGGGUUAACUCAACACUCAAGGAAAACUAUGGCGAGCGGGGACUUAUCAUCUCGUCUAUGAUGACACUGGGCUUUUGCAACCAGAUUUGGAUUCCUCUGUUUACAUUUCCAACGGUUGAGGCACCACAAUUCCCGAACGGAUAUCCCGCCGCGACGGUCUUUGAGUUUACCAUGUGGGCGAUUUUGAUGGGUGGGGUGUGGUACAUGAAGAGGUGGAAAAUGAGAAACCCAGAUUUGGAAAUGCGCGCGUCUUCGGCCGAGGGUCAAAGCUCUGGGAAUGGAACUCAGUCCAGUAAUGUCAGCUUGUCUAAUACCAAGCUCUGA